AAUGGGAGGUGAGUAUUGUAUUAGGGAACACUGACUGAGAUAGACAGCAGUAACACAGACUGUGAACUCACAGUAAACAUCUGAAGUUAGUCAUUAACACAGUUUAAACAUCACAUCCCGUCAGUCCUGUCCCGGCCUUGUUUCUGAAGAUGUAAGUAAAAAAAUACCUUUUGUGAAUCCUUUGUUUUGACAUUUCUCUUUUUCAUCGGACAAUUGUCUGUUUUGAUCAAUUAAAUGUUUUUAUUAGUUGAUGGCAUGGUCAUGAGGCAAUGCUAAUUCACUCCAUGGGCAUUUAUCCCUCCUCCUAUCAUUUGGACAGGGCCAUGUUUGUAGAGAUUCCACAGUCGCUAAUCGUAUCUUUAUAAACAUUGCAUGAGGAAAGAUGCAACCAAAGUAACCCAAAGCAUGGGGAAUUAGCGCACCAGUUUGUGUUUCUCUAUGUAUCACUAAUAUUUGAAUCUCUGUUUCUUAGAGAAGAACAUUGAACUGGAGAUAAUUGAGUUUGUUGGUCUUUACUAUCUGGUAUGGGACCUCUAUUUUCAUUUAGCAAUAAUUCAUUUGGUUUUAUGAAGAUUUAGAUCUUAUACCAAUAUAACUUGUUAAUACUGAGUGUACAGCUACUGCGUGAAAAUCAGAUUAACGUAAACAUAAAUCUCUAAACUACCAUUUGCAAAUGCUUAGUUGACAGUUUCCAUUGGCUGCAGGGUCUGUAGAUAUCAUGGGCAAGAUUUUCCUCUGUGUGACUGCGGCUCUCGCUUUGUGGUCGGCUUCUGCUCUCAGCACAUCAGGUAAUAAAUGUAUAAUCUGAAGACCCAGUAGCACGUUUUUCAUGUCCACCACUAAUGUGAUGCAAUCACCUGUAAGGUCACACCUGUAUACGGACAAACAUUGCUAAAAGUUUAUGUAUUUUUGUAAUGUUUCUAUAUAGUACAUAAUAAUACUGCAUGUGCAAGAGGAAUUGGAGACUAGCAUUGUAGUUCCUAAUAUCACGGGAACUACAAACAGUUCUGGUGCCUAAAGAGUUACAUUUCCUGAAUGCUUGCUGUGGUAGGGAAAUGCUAGAGUGCCAUGUUGCACAAGCACAUUGAAUAACAUUCUAACCUUACAAGACAGUUUUAAUCAUUUAGCAGAUGCUGUUAUCCAGAGUGACUUACAGGAGCAAUUAGGGUUAAGUGCCUUGCUCAAGGGCACAUCAACAGAUUUUUCACCUAGUCGGCUCAGGGAUUAGAACCAGCAACCUUUCGGUUACUGGCACAACCCUCUUAACCACUAAGCUACCUGCCGCCCCCAGUUCAUUGAGUUCUAAUAUCAGUUGCCUUUUGCAAUGCAAAGCAAAAAUGAGCGUUUCAUAUUGGACAAGUCCAUGGUAGUCCUCCCUGUUAUAGCCCGUUUACCUCCUCUUAAUGCCAAAUGAACACACCUGGUUUUGUUUGUCAGUGUUUUCCAGCGGUCCUGAGGCCCACAUGCUCCUGCGCUCCAAAAGGGCCAAUACCUUCCUGGAGGAACUGAAGCCUCCAUCGAUGGAGCGGGAAUGCGUGGAGGAGAGAUGUGAGUUUGAGGAGGCAAGGGAGAUUUUCAAAACCAGGGAGGCCACGGUAAGCUGUUUUUAAUUUAAAAAAUGGUGUAUACCAUUUAUCAAUUCUGUAUGGCGAAGGAAUAAUAGACUUUGACAGUCUUCUACUUGUUUUCAGUUGGAAUUCUGGACGGUUUAUACAGGUCAGUGAAGUCUUUUGUUCCGAAUAAACUCAUAUAUCCUUCUAACUGCCUUGAAUUUUAUACAUUUUAUGUUGUACAUUAUGUAAACACAUUGGCAAACAUGCAUAUUGGGGAAUCAGUUCAAUGAACAAGACAGAGCUCUACACAAUGUUUAAACUACAAUCAAAUGUUUUCUACCAAAACACCUUCACUCUCGGUCUCCCUGUGUCAAUGUACUGUACCUCUCAGGGUUACAUCUGUCUUUGGUGUGUAUCUUAGAUGGAAAUCAAUGCAUUUCAAACCCCUGUGUGAAUGGGGCCUGUGUGGACCGCUUCCAGUCCUAUGACUGCAGCUGCAAUCCAGGAUUUGAGGGAAAACACUGCGACCAACGUGAGCCCCUGACACCACUGUCUUUGAUAUGUUUGCACCUGUGAUGUUCUUGACUUUUGAGUGUUUGUUAUGUCUCUGAUUGGGUGUAAAACAUACUAUAUUUUUCUGUGAUCAACUUUUUGUUUCCUAAUAUAUGAGAAACAAACAUUAACGUGUUUGUUAUGUCUGUGACGUGAUGUGAUACUAUUUUCUGAUGUGUGUUUUGUCUUGGAGAGUACUUGUUAUGUCUCUGGUUCUGGUUCUGUUUCUUGUGUUGGUGCUUCUUUGUGUUUUGGCUUUGAUACUGUCUGUUGUGAAUAGCUAGCACAGCCACUAAUUGCGCAAUAGCCAACGGUGGUUGUGACCAUGAGUGCCAAAACAAUGAGGAUGGCCUGAGACGUACCUGCAGCUGUGUCCAGGGAUACCGUCUCCACCUGAACUCUAGACAAUGUGUCCCCAAAGGUAAGAAUUACUCUGGGGCCCUGUCUAGAAAAAACUCCGGCUAGGGGAACCAUGCCUGGUUCUCUUCUGUGGCACAGGGAAUUCUCCUCACAUGGGACACCAUUAAUGUAGGGGAUUGUCUAAUUUGUAAGUAUGUGUUAUAGAAAUGUGUACGAGAGUAUACAGUGUUUCGGAAUGUUCAUCCAUGUGUGUCUUAAGCGGAAAAACUCGGGUAGGUGGAGAAAGCAGAGAGAGGCGGGUGGAAAGGACAGGGCAGGCAAAGCAGUGACUGUAUGAAAUGACAAAAUGUUUUUGUGUUUUGUGUGACUACAGUGCCCAAAUAAAUCAAAAUAGAGACAGGUUCUUAUUGAGCGAGGCAUCAAAGCGAACAACCCACACACCCUGGUUCGGUUGGGUCAUUAUAAUUCAAAACAAUGCAUUCUAAAAUAAAUCACACACAUCAGUGGCGGUCAGUGCCAUUUAAGAUGAGGGAGGACACAUUUUGCUUUCAGUCCUAGAUUAAUUCUCUGAUCCUUUGAUUGGGUGGAUAACAUGUCAGUUCAUGCUGCAAGAGCUCUGAUAGGCUGGAGGACGUCCUCUGGAAGUUGUCAUAAUUACUGUGUAAGUCUAUGGAAGGGGGUGAGAACCAUGAGCCUCCUAGGUUUUGUAUUGAAGUCAAUGUACCCAGAGGAGGACGGAAGCUAGCUGUCCUCCGGCUACACCUUGGCGCUACCCUACAGAGUGCUGUUGAGGUUACUGUAGACCUUCUUUGCAAAAUAGUGUGUUUUAAUCAAUUAUUUGGUGACGUGAUUAUAUUUAGUAUAGUUUUAUCUAAAAAGGAUAACUUUUUUAAUGUUUUACCAUUUUUAUUUUUAUGAAAUUCACUGAGGAGGAUGGUCCUCCCUUCCUCCUCUGAGGAGCCUCCACUGACACACACACCUCGCCCACUCACCUUUGGCGAGUUUAUCAUAUUAGUGUGUGACUGCUUGUGCUUUAGUGUACAGUACAGUCUCUCUCCGUUCCUCUCUUACCUUUAGGUCACCACUCCUGUGGUCAGCUACUGGUGGCCAAGACCUCCUACAGUAAACCCAUUCAAGGACUACUGCCCUGGCUGGUAGGGGGAGAAAUGGGCAAGAAGGGGGAGAGCCCCUGGCAGGUACCAUCCAUACAUUGAUCCAUACACUAUCCAUACAUUGAUUCUGUUUCAGUACCCAUCCACUACAACUGACAUAAAAAGUAGUCUAGUGUCAAGAUGAUUCCACUUCCCAGCCAGUAAAGGGAAAAGAAAGACACCAUGUAAUUUCGAGAUUUGCAGGGCAAUAUUACAUUUGUGGUUGAAACAUCUAACUGGAUCUACACAACCAAUGACGUGGGAUGUGGAAUCAUAUUGACAUUAGACUACGAUGGAAAUCUGAAAACAUCUGACGAACAUACAUUUAGGAGUGUAAUACUGCUUUAAAAAGUAAUGUACUGUAUAAAGUUGUUUGUGUGUGUUUGUGGGUGUCUUAGGCUCUUGUGUUGAAUGCAAGGGGGAAGUUUCACUGCGGAGGGGUCUUAAUUGAUGAGAACUGGGUCCUCACCGCAGCCCAUUGCCUGACCAGUAGCCUUCGCUUCAGCGUCAGACUGGGUAAGUCACAUUAUACCUUCAUCACUUCCCCGAUACAAUUAUUAUUAUACACACCGGCAGACCAAUCCUUCUCACCUUCUUCUCCCUAUACACAGCCAGUUUAUGGUAGUUUUCAAUAGGGCAUGCAAAGGAAAACAUUUAAAACCUAUUGCAAUGGAAAAUGAGUGUUUCUCAUCAGUGACUGUAAAACACUUUAUCCUAUGUUGCUGCAACCAGCUCUUUAUCACUGAUUAUCCAUAUUUAACUUUCACUCCUCUACUAUUUCAACAACAGGUGACUACGAGCGCUAUAAGCUGGAGGGCACUGAAGUCACUGUGCCGGUGAUCAAGACCUUCUCUCACCCGAACUACAACAAAGAGACGGUGGACAACGACAUCGCCCUGCUGCGCCUGGACUCUCCUGUCACCUUCUCCGAGUACAUCCUCCCGGCAUGCCUCCCUAGCCGCGCUCUGGCCGAGGGCGUGCUCCACCUCAAUGGCACACGCACAGUGGUGACGGGUUGGGGCAAGGAGGAGCAGAACUCCCAGCGCUUCACCUCAGCCCUCAACUUCAUCGAGGUGCCGCUGGUGGAGCAUGAGCUGUGUGCCCGUCACAUGGUCAACAACGUGACAGGUAACGUUCUGUGCGCCGGUGUGAUAGGCCGGCGGGAGGACGCGUGCGAGGGCGACAGCGGCGGCCCAAUGGUCACCUUGUACCAUAACACCUGGUUCCUCAUCGGCCUGGUGUCCUGGGGCGAGGGCUGUGGUGACGAGGACAAACUGGGCAUCUACACCAAGGUGUCCAACUACAAUGAGUGGAUUGAGAGUGUGCGGAAGGGGUGGUACAAGGCCCCUGAGCCCUAAGACAAGUCCCUCUACAUUUCAAAUUCCUUCCCUCCAUCCACUCUACUGAGUCUAUCCACCUGGGUACAGGUUAGAUAUCUAACAUGCUUUGUGAAAUAAAUCAACACAUUCUCAAGUUUCACA